CAUAGGGAAACUAUUAUCUUUUUAAAUUUCUCAGGUUCUUGUAGUGGGUUGCGGCAACUCCGAACUGAGCGAGCAGAUGUAUGACGUGGGCUACCAGGACAUUGUGAACGUAGACAUCAGCGAGGUUGUGAUAAAUCAGAUGAGGGAGCGGAAUGCCCACAGGAGGCCGAAGAUGAGCUACCUGCGGAUGGACAUGCUGCAGAUGGAUUUCCAGGACGCCCAGUUCCAGGUGGUAUUGGACAAGGGCACCCUAGAUGCUAUUCUGGUUGAUGAAGAGGAGGCCACCCUCGAAAGGGUGGACAGGAUGUUUGCUGAGAUUAGCCGGGUGCUGCAGGUUGGUGGCCGCUACCUGUGUAUCUCCUUGGCCCAGGCCCAUGUGGUGAAGAAGGCGGUGGGCUACUUCUCCCAGGAAGGCUGGAUGGUGCGCGUUCACCAGGUCUCGGGCAGUGAGGACAGAGCGGCCAAGCAGCAGUUUGUUCUGCCCGUUUUUGUCUAUGUCAUGACCAAGUUCAAGAAGAUCCCAGGUUCGGUUCUUCAGAUCCUUGAGAUCUGCACUGAGGAGCAGGACAAGCCUGUGCGGGUGGAGAGUGCUGAGCAGCUGGUCGAGGCAGUAAAGGAGAGGCAGUUGUAUGCUCUGCUGCGCAGCCAGCUGAAUAAAAACCCCAGCGCGAGCCACGUCUCUCUGGAUCUGUGUGAUGCAGAUGCCGGGAAACCUCGGUACACUCUGCACGUGGUGGACAGCCCCUCAGUGAAAGCCUCCCGGAACAAUCACUUCGCCAUCUUCAUCAUACCGCAGGGCAGAGAGACCGAGUGGCUCUUUGGGACGGAGGCGGGUCGGAAGCAGCUGGCUGCCAGCGCAGGUUUCAGGCGGCUGAUAACAGUGGCCCUGCACAGAGGUCAGCACUAUGAAGGGAUGGAAGGCAUCCAAGCAGAGCUGUCGGGGAAGGUGAUGGAGCUGGCGCCACCCGGCCUCCCGUCCCAGCAGCAGGUGCCGUUUCUCUCUGUAGGGGGGGACAUCGGGGUCCGUACCAUUCAGCACCAGGACACCAGCGCCAUGAGCGGGGAAUACCUCAUUGAGGACGUAAAAGGGGACAACAUGUGCUAUUUCCGGCGGCUCAUCUUCCUCAGCAACAGGAAUGUGGUGCAGUCGGAAGCCAGGCUGCUGUCCAGUGCAGCCCCUAGAGGCCAGAAGAAGCGGAAGAAGGACAAGAAGAAACAGGCAUCUGGCUCCACCAAGGCCCCCCCAACAUCAGCUUGCCAGGCCAUUGACAGGAGCUACCUCUGCUGUGAACACCAUAAGGCCAUGGUUGCGGGACUGGCUCUGCUGAGAAACCCUGAGCUUCUACCAGGAGCCCAGCUCUCGGUGCUGGUGAUCGGGCUGGGCGGGGGCAGCCUGCCUCUCUUCAUCCACGACUAUUUCUGCCAGUCCCGUGUCGAGGCGGUUGAAAUCGACCCCACCAUGCUGGAGGUGGCUACCCGGUGGUUCGGCUUUUCCCAAGGCGACAGGAUGAAGGUUCACAUCUCGGAUGGCCUGGACUACGUGGCCAAGCUGGCAGCAUCGGCGGCACCAGCCCGGUAUGAUGCUGUCAUGUUCGAUGUAGACAGCAAGGAUCCCACCCUGGGAAUGAGCUGCCCACCCCCAGGCUUUGUGGAAACGUCCUUCCUGCAGAAGGUUAGAACCAUCCUGGCACCGGAAGGUGUUUUUGUGCUCAAUCUGGUGUGCCGAGACUCCCUGCUCAAAGACUCAGUUCUGGCUGCCCUCAAGGAGGUCUUCCCUCUGCUGUACACCCGGAGGAUCGAGGGGGAGGUCAACGAAAUCCUGUUCUGCCAGCCGCACCCUGAGGGGAAGCUGGCUGCCCCAGAGCUCCUGGAGACAGCUAGGACUCUGGAGAGGACGCUGAGGAGGCCCGGCCGAGCGUGGGAUAGCUCCUACGUUCUGUCGGACAUGCUGAAGGCAGUGGAGAUCGUGUGAGGGGGACGUUCUGCCUCGUCUGGGUUACCCACUUGUGCUCUCGAUUUGGAGAGAGGAGCUGAAUGCAGUUGUGCCGUCUGACUGUAAACACUGCAAGUGAAGAACGGUGCUCUCCAGCACCUCACAUACGUGCUCCUCCCGGCUGCUAGGGCCGGAAUGGUGCCCCUCAAGCAGCCUGUCCGAGGGGAGGUGGGAUCCUGGGAGGGAAAGCCUCCCUCUGGGGAAAAAGGGAGGCUGCCAGCCAUAAUGAAAGGACUGGGGCGACCCCUGCGCUCCCCAAAAGGGUCUCAAGGCAACGGCCAAUGGUGUGAGAAGUUCUGUUCCUUCUCCGAGUGGCUGUGAGCCAGUUGAUUAGGGGAAUGGGGCCUGGUCUAGCUCGACUCCUUCGGCUCCUUAUUGCUGCGGAGGCCAGUCCCCUGGGCACCAGCGCCGGAUGUUCCCCGCUCUCUGCUUUUAAAAUAAAGGUCUUUUUCCUUGGCAGAUGUAGAAUUGGGGAAGCAGGGCCUUGGGUGUGGAGUGGGAGGGCCAAAGCUGGUAGGCUGGGGAAAAGUGAGGAAGUCCAUCUUACAACAGGGGGCUGCCUGGGUCUGUGACUGACCACAAAUCCCACCCGUCUCCUGUGUCUGUUCACCUGACUCACCCCUAUGCAGUUUUGUCACUAGCCCUGCCUGCCAUUUGUACGCUCUCACCCCAGCUCUCCCAUCAGGUGAAUAUGUGGGAUCUGAGGAAGAGCUAGGCCCAGCUCUGAUCUCCACUGGCCUGCAUGGCUCUUUCUCACUGAAGUCAGAGGGAAUCCCUGCUCUGUAAGGAUGUUAGAAUUGGGUCCUGGGUGGAUCUGUUUGUACUGCAGUGGCUACAACCCCAAAGCAUGUGGUGAACAUCUGAUGUGUCUUUAAAAAUGCUCUCAGCCAGCACCGGUAUGUCCUCCUGUGUCGUCCUCAGACUGUCAAAAAGCUUAUGUUCUUCCUGGAUCAGUGUCAUACUGCAACUACCUCUGGGCUAGAGCAUAGCUAGGUUGAACAGUCCAUAGCAACCUUAAUGGUGUUUUGUGUGAUGAGACAUGGAGAACUCAGUGUGCUGAACUAGGAUGGCCUGAAUGUAAACACUUGCCUUGUCACAUCAACCCACGCUGGUUCUUCCUCCUAGGAACAGUGCUCAAUGAUGGUCCUUUGUCUGAGCACUCAGGGCUUUGUCUUUGCAUCGCUCCUAAAACUUGGCCCUUCUUCCAGCACAGCAGCUGGCUCAGUGCAGCUGCUGCAGGAGGGAUGUCACUGCCUGAAUUAGCACCAUGCUUCCUGCUGCACAAGUGCUAUGCCUGGGGGUGUAUCCUAUCCAGGUGUGAAACAGAUCCAGCACUGCUGGCCCUUGGAGAUCUGCCCAGGUCAAAGCCUAUGGGGCUGGGGCUGCAGGCAGAUGUGACUUGGGAGUGGAAAUUGUGCCCCUGUAGCCCUGAGAAACAGACACAACAAAAUUAAUUUCCCUUAGUACUAAAGACAAAACUCAAAUAGCACCAACUGGCCAGGCCCAGGGACCUGCAAGCCUUACCCCAGCACGUUGCGCUGUUGGUCGGCUCUCUGGUCCACCUUAAGGCACCCCUCAGAAGGAGGUGGGUGCUUGAUGAAGGACCUCUAGGCUACAACUGCCACCUAGCCCCACAUCAGCUCAGCACCCAGUCAUUCCUCUGCGAAUGCUGCUAGAGCCCAUGGCACUCGCUCCCAUUGUCUGUCAGCCCCUUCCUGCCAGCAUCAAUACUGCCUCCCCCUCAGGGGAUGUUCCUACCCAUCCUAGGCCCCAAGCCGGGAUGCCAGGUGUGAUUGGUUAAGGCCUUGGCACCAGCCCAAAUGCCAUUUUGCAUAGACCUCUCAUAGACUCAGGUGCCACCUGCCACUUCUGCCCUAGGCCUCUGGAGCUUUCACCUCUAUGAGAAAGGAGGGUAUCUAGCCACCAGCCCUGAGACUGACCUCUCUGGGUUAAUACGGGGGGGGGGGGGGUUGCUGGCCUGACCCCUGCAGAAGUGGGGCAAUGGCCUCUCCAGCAGAAGGGAUGGGCUUCAGGGAAGCAGAAGUGAACUUUUUCUGGGGAACAGCUGAUGGAAGGUGGGGAGGAGGGAACCAAUGGGGGACUCCAGCACUACUGUGUGGGCAGUGCUCUAAGAGAGCAGAGGCAUCAGUGGGUGUUACCAGCUGGUAACUGAUUGGCUCACUGUAUGCAUAGCCAAGGCUCUGUGCACACAAAGUCCCUGUGGCCACCUCCCUCCAGGAGCGAGAGUCAGCUAGCGUCAAGAACAGGUGCCCAGGACUGAGUGAGGUGACUGAAUAAAAAGGUGAGGGGAAAGUGCAGCCAGAAAAUGAGCAGCAGAUUCUGGAGAGGGUGUUGCGGGGGGUGGGGGGCUGCUGGAUGGCGAUGACCAUCUGAGCCUCCCUCUCGCCAUAGUCCUUCCUUUGCCUUGCAGGUUAACAACAGAUGCACCUGAGUCCCUUUGAAUUGUUCCCCUGCGCUAUCCAUACCUGGACAUGCUACUCUCAGAAAUUCCAGAUCCUCUGCCCCCAAAGGAGCCCUGUAGCCCAGUUUGCCAGUUUUACCUCAAACCACUGCUGUAUAACACACAGCACUUGUGAGCAUUUAGAAUAAAGCCAAAGUAGGUUUAUUUGGAAAGAACAGAGAGUUAAUAGAAACGAGAGAGUGCUGGUUACAAUACAAACCAAAACAGGCACUUCUCAAUAGUUCCCUUUCCUCUCUAAAAAAGUUGGUUCUCCCCUCCACCCCCCUAAAGCACACUCUCAAUAUCCAUUAUUCCUUAACUAUUACCCAUACAGACAUCUCUCAAUGGUUAUGAAUCUUGACAAAAUUACGAGCUUUCUGUAGCUACCUGACAUGUUAUGCUUUAUGGAUAAAUAGUCUGUAAGACAUGUUUGAUGUAGUGAGUUUGUCAAGUCUCAGGUGAGACUUUGUUGUUUGCAAAGAACAGGACCCUUUGCGACGAA